AUACAGAUCAGGUAACCACGUUAGCUCCUGUAACAACGUAAACAAUAGACUUUUAAGGACAAACAAUGGAAACGCCUGCAGAACUUCGAGCUCCAAAAGGAAAAACUAUUAGGAAUCCUGUCAAUUCAAGACUCCAUCCUAUAAUUCCUCGCUUAUACAUUCCAGAAUGGCAAAGAGACAUGAAGAAUCGAAACCUGCUUAUAAAAAAUGCCGAAGAAGGAGGAAUUCCCCACUACGAACACGAUGUCAAUCUCUUCUUAGAUAAGAGAGAGCAAUUAUCCUACAACGUAGAGGAUAGAGAUAGAGUUCACGCAAAGUAUUCGCUACCGCCCCGCUCUCUUUUACUUCGUCCACCGUUUCAUCAUCAUUCAAGUAAGUACCAAAGUACUUUGAUGCAACGCCGGGAUGAUCCAAACGAGAGAUACGGUCAUCAAUUCAGCAAGAAUACGGAAGAUUGCUAUGAAACAUACGAUAAGGAGAAAACUGUCAAACUCUGCGCUAUAUAA